AUGUUUGACACUGAGAAACGGGGCCGAGACCACGAUGCUUCACGCAUUAACGCCCCUCAAGCACCUCAGGACGCGAAAUCGUUCUCUCGAGAAAAGUUGAAACAAAUGACUCUCGAGGAAAAGGUGUUGCUACUGACGGGCGAAGACCUCUGGCGGACGAAUCCCAUCCCGAGGUUGGGCAUCUCCCGAAUCAAGACCUCUGAUGGGCCUACCGGAGUUCGCGGUGGUAUCUUUGUUGACGGAGUCACUGCAGCCUCGUUGCCGUCUGGGGUAUCGCUGGCUGCUACGUGGGAUAAGCAAAUCAUCAACAAUGUCUCACAGAUCUUGAUAGCGGAAGCUAAGAGCAAAGGAGUAGAUGUUCUUCUAGGCCCAACAGUAUGCAUCCCUCGUACUCCACUGGGCGGACGUAACUUCGAAGCCUACAGCGAAGACCCUUUUCUGACGGGCAAGCUGGCCGCCGAGUACAUCAAAACGAUCCAAGCUGCUGGUAUCGGAGCUUGCGUCAAGCACUAUGUCGCAAACGACCAGGAGAAUCGCCGUUUCUUCAUAGACGAGAAGAUUCCCGAGCGUGCUCUACGCGAAAUUCACCUGCAACCUUUUCAGAUCGCUGUCCGCGAUAGUAACCCCUGGUCUAUCAUGACAGCUUACAACAGGAUCAAUGGCGACUUCUGCUCAGCACAUCACUACCUCAUCAGAGACGUCCUCCGUGGCGAAUGGGGCUGGGAUGGAUUGGUGAUGAGUGACUGGUUUGGGACGAAUAGCAUCGUACCUUCGUUGACAGCAGGGUUGGAUCUGGAGAUGCCUGGUCCAGUCAGGCGAAGGGGAAGCCACCUUCUCGAGGCACAUAGCAAGGGCCUGGUUGAUCCCUCUUUCAUUGAUGCAUCUGCCGCAAGAGUCCUGGAACUACUACACAAGACCGGCAAAAGCCAGAUACCGGAUUGGAAGGAAGAGCCGGAGCGAGCCGUUGAUCUCCCCGAGCAUCGGAAGAUUCUGCGUCGCGCAGGCGCAGAAGGCAUUGUUCUCCUGAAGAACGACAAGUCGACCUUGCCCCUCACAAAUCUCGGUGGCAAGACCAUUGCUUUCAUCGGCCCCAACGCUGCCAGGUCGGUGGCCACGGGAGGUGGUAGCUCCAACCUCGCGCCUCACUACCGUACCACGCCUUUUGGAUCCUUCAAAAGGGAGCUCUCUGAGGCGUUCCCGACAGCCAAGGUUGCAACUGAACCCGGAAUCCUUACGCAUCGAUACCUACCUCUCAUGGACCCUACUGUCAUGCAAAACCCUGAUACCAAUAGUGCUGGUUUUGUUUUGUCUCUUUGGAGAAACAUGAAGCACGAGGGCAACCCGUUCAUGGUGGAGCACCGGCCGAGUUCGAACCUGGUUUGCUACGAUGGGCUCCCUCCUGAGCUGACGACCGGAGAGCGAUAUUCCUACCGUGCCAGGACGAUACUCACGCCCAAGACGAGUGGAGUUCAUCAGCUAUCUCUCUCGAGCUGUGGCCCCGGCAAGCUGAUCCUCGACGGAAAGGUCUUUAUUGAUAUCGAGCGGAGGUGGUGGUCGCCCAAGUCAUCUCUCUUCAUGAGCUACGGCUCACCCGAGGAGCGAGUCGAUGUCGCCCUCGAAGCUGGCCGAUCAUAUGAACUUGUGCUUGAGUCGCUCAGCCGCGAACCGAAGCCGUAUGAUUUGACAUACAUGGGCAUGUUGGAGCGCGAGGAGGUCCAAGAUGGCGGUCGCAUCGGGUUCCUAGAGAACCCCGGAGACCUUGACGCAAUGUUUCAAAACACCAUCGAGCUUGCCAGGACGAGUGAUGUUGCCGUCGUCGUUGUAGGAAAGGACCAGGACUGGGAGACGGAGACGAGCGACAUGGUGUCCAUGGACUUGCCUGGCCGGUCCAACGAGCUGAUCUCUGCCGUGGCCAAGGCGAAUCCCAACGUCAUCGUGGUAAACCAAACGGGAAGCCCCAUCACGAUGCCCUGGAUUGGCGAGGUCCCGGCUGUCAUUCAAGCUUGGUACCAAGGUCAAGAGCUGGGAAACAGCUUGGCGGACGUCCUCCUUGGGGCGGCGAACCCGUGCGGGAAGCUUCCAAUCACGUUCCCGCGUCGCAUUGAGGACACACCAUCAUUCGACAAUUAUCCCGGUGAGAACGACGUGGUUCAUUAUGGAGAGGGCAUCUAUCUCGGGUACAAGUACUACGAUCAUCGCAAGAUUGAACCACUGUUCCCUUUCGGGGCUGGUCUCUCGUACACUACCUUUGAGUACUCCAACCUUAGACUGAGUACCGACGUACUAGAGGAGGCCGGAAGGAUAGAAGUCGAAGUUGAUGUGACAAACACAGGUGAACGCGAAGGCAAAGAGAUUGUGCAGUUCUACGUCGCUCCUGUGUCGAAGCCUCGGCUGGGCCGCCCGCUCAAGGAGCUUAAGGGCUGGGACAAGGUUCUCGUACGGCCCGGAGAGACAGUAACCGCUCGGACGACUCUCGACAAGGUGAGCAUAUCAUACUGGGAUGAUAGCGUUCAGAAGUGGGUGGUGGAGGCCAACGCGGAGUUCAAGGUGAGUGCGGCAAGGGAUUCUAGGGAGGAAGGACUGGACGCUGGAUUCCGGUCGGCGAAUGCUUUUCAGUGGGUUCAUUGA